AUGCUUCUUGUUCCGGGUAACAGCUUAUGGUUCAUCCUCGAAUCGUCGACCUAUCCUGCCGAAAAGCCAAUUGCUGAGAUCUACGGCUAUCGAUGCACAAUAACUGGUUUUGUGUAUUCAGAAAAAGAUUCCAGUAUGGCUUUGGAAGAAGAAAUAACGUGGAUUUGUGCCAGUGCUUGCAGGCUACUCAUCCAGGUACCAUUGCUACCGAUUCCUAUCUAUGCACUUUUUUUCAAUAACCAUGGUGCAUUGCUUCGCAAAGGACUCAAUCUUUCUCACCAUCCGACUGUUAACGAAAUUCUCAAACGAAGUUUGCCAAGCCCAUCACAAACUUCAGGCAGUGCUAAACAGUUCGCCUCCGCUGUGACAGUUGUCCUUUGCCUGACUAUCACUGGUUUGGUUUUACAUGAUUUGCAUGGAAAACAAUCUAAAUUUUUGUAUUCAGAUCUGAAAUUCGUGAAAGAAUUUGUUGCUGGAUCGUCAAGUACCGUGGCUGGUUUCCUUGCUCGAUGGAUGAUGAAUGAGCCGGUUGUGGACGUGAAUUCUACACAGCUACAAAUGCCUGAUGAAGAAACACGACUUAGGGUCGCGACACAGAUAAAACUCAUACCUCGAGAUCAGUACGGUCGGCAGGCACAGUGCCCGAAUAUGAGAACUGAAAUAACGGUUCGCUGUGGCAUGACAUCUGAUGAUAGUUGCUCGAGCAUGUGCUACAAGGCAAAUCAAAAACGUAAUCUGAUUGCAAAAAUUUUGAAGGAACCAUAUCGACCAACUUAUGUGAACAGUGCACGGUAUAUGUCAAUCUCAAUGAUGCCUUCGUAUCAGAGUUAUUGCUUCGAAGAGUUAAGACUUGCGUGUUACAAGGAUGCGAUGAUGAAGGAACAACUGCAAGCCGUCCAACAAAACGAUGGCAGGUCGGUGGCAACUUAUAUAAACUUUCAUUUUAAUGACUGUAUGGGUAGUGCUGAGUAA